UCUUUCAGCUUGACUUUAUUCCAACACCAGUUAUGUCCCCUCAGAAGCGAGCAGCUGAAUGGCCAGAGCCGCCAGCAAAGAAGACCCAUCCCUUCUUCACAGGCACGCCAAAAGAACUCGGCAAAUUCCACCCUUCCGACUCUGCCCUCAUCCACUUUACCCACCUUGAUCCUUUCGAAUCUUUACCAAAAUCCUCCUCUGAAACCGCCGAUUCCAUCGCUUCAAUAUCAGCCUCCAAAAAGAUCCCUGUAGCAUUCUACGAUCUUGACGGUACAUUAGUCAAGACACGGUCAGGAAACGAUUUCCCCAAAAGCCGAGAUGACUGGAUGUGGUGGCACCCUUCUGUCCCCGAAAAGCUAAAGCAAGAAUGGGAAGAUGGCACGCAUUUGGUCGUGAUUUCGAAUCAAGGAAGUAAGAAACCCAAGAUCAAAAGUGAAUGGCGGGCCAAGUUGCCUUUGAUUGCAGCCAAGAUGCCGAGCAACGUCCCACUGCGUAUCUUGGCUGCUAUAGAGCAAAACAACGUCUACCGAAAACCAAACAUUGGCAUGUUCCAAGCCAUCACCGAAAUCUACCGCGCCCGUGGCCUGGAGAUUGAUAUGGAGAAAUCCAUCUUUGUUGGAGAUGCUGCCGGUAGACCUGCCAAAGGAUCACGAAAGAAAGAUCACGGGAAUACGGAUUACAAGUUUGCAAUCAAUGUUGGACUGAGAUUCGUCACACCAGAGGAGCAUUUCCUAGGUCAUCCGCGCCCUUCCUUCCCCAAUCCUCCUAUAGGCUUCCGGCCCCGCAAUCUAGGCACUCUUGACACUCUUCCGCACAUCGUCCCAUCGCAUACUCCUAUCAUUCGCAAGAUUGACAAGGAGGUAGAAAUCGUCAUCUUUGUCGGGUAUCCAGCAUCCGGCAAAUCAUCCUUCUUCCGCAAACAUUUCCAGCCCGCGGGUUACGUCCACGUUAAUCAAGAUACUUUGCGGACGAGGGAAAAGUGUUUAAAUGUGGCGGAACAGGCGUUGAAGGGCGGGAAAUCUGUUGUCAUUGAUAACACGAACCGAAAUCGAGAAACACGAGCUUACUGGGUAUCUCUCGCAUCAAAACUUAACGUCCCUAUACGACUAUUCCAUUUUCUCUGCCCUCCCGAAUUAGCCAAACAUAACAACCUCUACCGCGCCUACUAUCCUCCUCCUGAUGAACCUACCCGUGGGAUACUGCCAUAUAUCGCCUUUGCCGGCUUCGAGACCGCGUUUGAAGAGCCGAGGAAGGAAGAAGGGUUUGAAGAAAUUAAAACAGUAAAUUUUCAUUGGGAAGGCUCGGAGGAGCAGAGGAAGAAGUGGGAUAUGUAUAUUGAAUAGUAUAUAUAGGGGGAAGGAUGGUUAUUUACUCUAGAAGUGAUAGAAUGGCUAUGGCAGAGUAUUUCUAGAACUUUAAGACGAACAUGAAAUGUUUCCAUGAUCAAGGAGAGUUCCAACAAGUCACAAG